AUGUUGACCCUCCUUGUCAUCAACUUCCGGUCCGCGAUGAUCGCAUUCUCCGAACGGCGACGACUCACAGUCGCAGUGUUCGCCUUCAUCGUGACCACUCUCCUCUUUCUCACACUCCACCAGACCCACGCUACCGAAGCAAUCCGAGUACGUAUCGGCAUAGGCCAGAACAGCGAGAAUACAGGCUACAGCAAAUUAUCCAACGACAUCUACCGCACUGGAACAGGAUUCACGAAUGGCUCUGCCCCCUUCCUGGCAAACGGCAAGGGGAGAUUCGCAUACGUUACUUUUCUCUCUGGGACAGUUGAUGGACCAAAAGAUCUUGAAGAAGACAACUACUUCGUCGCGACGCGUAUUCUCGUAUGGCAGCUCCUGCACAAGCCUGAGACGCGAACCAAUGGCAUCGAUGUCGUAGUAAUGGUGACGCCGUCCGUCUCCGAGUCGCGCCGUGCUCGCCUCGCGAAAGAUGGUGCUAUCAUCCACGCCGUCGAUUUCUUGCACGUCGAGAAUGACCAGUGGAUUCAUGCUGCUCAGCACCGAUGGGACGACGUCACGACCAAACUGCGGGCGUGGGAAAUGACCCAGUACAGUCGCAUCCUCAUGUUAGACGGAGACACUAUGCUCCGCCUCCCACUGGACGGUGUUUUCGACGACAAAGGCGCGAAGGUGCGCCAGACAAAGAACCAGAAUACAUAUACCCCCCUAGAGGGGGAAGCACCACUCCCCGGAACCUACCUCCUCGGCUCCCUCUCCGAAGUCUGGGACUGCACGCACGACUUCCCACCCAAAGACGACACCGACCUCAAGAAAAUAAGCAAAAUGAACGCUGGGUUCAUGUUACUUGCGCCGUCCCUCCCAGCAUUCGAUUACUACCGCUCGCUGCUCAACAUGACCGACGCGUUCGAUCCGAAGGACCCCGAGCAGAAUCUUUUGAACCACGCACACAGAUGGGAUGGGCCGAUGCCGUGGACGGAAGUUAAUCAUAAGUGGAACAUACGGUGCCCGACUGAGAAAGACUUCAAGAAGGGGCUUGUGAGCAUGCACGAGAAGUGGUGGACGCAGCCGUAUCUGUAUGAGAACGAGAACGUGAAGGAUUUCUUGAGGGCGCAGAGGUGGGAGAUGAAAGGGUGGUACGAUGCGUGGGAUUUAAGAUAUGCUUGA